AUGUAUAUAACCAUUGAGCUCCAGGAGCUUCACCAGUCUGUCUGCAAACACUCUUCCUUACAAGUACUUUUGAAGCAACAGAAGACGACCGAGAAGCGCGCUGCUGUGUCCAGCAUGAAGCCCGUCCCUUUGGUCCUGCUCAUAACUUCAGUCUUACUGACCACCCACAUCCCGCUGAGCACCUGUCGACCCCGCGACCUGAGCCUCAUGAACAGCCAGCUAGACGACGUGCUGUUAAACAGGGCAGGAGACGACGCCAUGUCCUACCUCGUGGGCGAAAAACUCCUUCAGUAUUUGCAAAGAAACCUCGGAGCGCAGAAGGCAGGCGGUGUCCUGCAUCUCCCGCACUUCCCCACGGCGCAGCUGCGCUCUCCUCACGAGGACAACAGCUUAGAGGAGCUCACGGAGUUUUCCAAACGGAACGACGACCCUCCGAUCUCCAUCGACCUCACCUUCCACCUGCUGAGAAACAUGAUCGAAAUGGCGCGAAACGAGAAUCAAAGGGAACAGGCGGGACUGAACCGCAAAUAUCUAGAUGAGGCUGGGAAGUAGCUGUAGCUCCAUGAUGAUGCUUUCAAUCUGCGAGUAAAGAACAAGCUCAAUGCACUCUUUCACACCCCCAAACUCUCGCUAAAGCAUAUGACAUUCACCGAUGCCUCCUGCUGACCCACACUCUUAGAAAUAAAGGUUCUUCAGUGGUUCCUUGCCACUGCAAAGAACCUCCUUCUCGUUCUUGAGUUGGCUGAGGUUCUUUGGAGAUUUAAAAAAAAGGUUCUUUAGAUCAGGCUGUUGGUUUCUGCAUUCCAACUUGAAGAACAACAGAAAAAAAAGUUCUUCUAAAAGGUUCACGUGUGGCAUCAGUGUUAUGUGGAACCUUUAUUUUUAAGAGUGGCAUCUAUCUGUUCACCAGAAGAGUUUCUGGUGUCCUGUUGCUGUCUCCAUCACCUCUGGACCAGUUCAGAACCAGGAACCGCAUGCAAGAGUCACACAACAGACCUACCAGGACCUCAGAACGCUGAUCAGUCAGGGUGGUUCACAUGUAACCAAAUCGAGAAACCAAUCAAUCUACAAUUGACUUGUGCAGUGUUUACAGUUAUUGGCCUCCUAUUUAGAGUUACACUCUUUAAAAACAAAGGUUCUUAAUUGGCAUCUGUGGUUCCAUGAAGAA